GUGUGCCCAGCCUUAGGGCCACAGCGGGGGGCACGUGCUGAUUUGCCCCCUUCGCUCCUCAGGAGAGCGCGGCCGGGGCCUAGGGACUUCAACGGGUAGAACCUGGGGCGAGGAUACCACUUCCGGGGGGAAGGUGGACGCGGCGGGCGGGAAGCAGCCGGUGGGAAGGAGACGCCCCGGCCCGAGUCUCCGGGUUCCGCCACAGCCUGGGAGCCAAGCGCCCGCCGCCCAGCCGGUCGCAGACAGUGCGUCGCGCGCCCCCUGCCGUCUGAAGGCCGCUGCGCAUCCCGGCCCGCGCCAGCCAAUGAGCACGGCGCCGGCGGGCGUGCCCCUCGAGCCCCAAGCAUAAAGGCUCAGGCCCUCGCAGCCCCGCACGCUUCUGGUCCCGACCCAGACUCAGAAAGAACCCACCAUGGUGCUGUCUGCCGCCGACAAGGCCAACGUCAAGGCCGCCUGGGGAAAGGUGGGCGGCCAAGCUGGCGCACACGGCGCAGAGGCCCUGGAAAGAAUGUUCCUGGGCUUCCCCACCACCAAGACCUACUUCCCCCACUUCAACCUGAGCCACGGCUCCGACCAGGUCAAGGCCCAUGGCCAGAAGGUGGCUGAUGCGCUGACCAAAGCUGUGGGCCACCUGGAUGACCUGCCCGGCGCCCUGUCUGCUCUGAGCGACCUGCACGCCCACAAGCUGCGUGUGGACCCGGUCAACUUCAAGCUCCUGAGCCACUGCCUGCUGGUGACCCUGGCCGCCCACCACCCCGAUGAUUUCAACCCCUCCGUUCACGCCUCUCUGGACAAGUUCCUGGCCAACGUGAGCACCGUGCUGACCUCCAAAUACCGUUAAGCUGGAGCCUCGGAGAUCCCCGCCCCGGGGUGGGGCCCUCUUGCACUCUGCACACCCCCCCUUGCACCCUGACCUCCUGAUCGUUGAAUAAAGCCUGAGUGGGCUGCAGUCUCUGUA